UUGCAUCAUAAUUUUAUCAUCUAUAAUUGUUUUCAGCCUUUUCUUGUUCUAUCUGAUGUCAGUGGAGGCCGUCGUGCUGAAGUAUUUGAUAUAGACUUUGCCCCUAGUCUCUUUAACACUAGCAAAAGAUUGUCUGCUAACGGACAUCUUUCUGAAAAUUUUCUAUCGGAUUCAUGCCUGAAUGAAGACAUAUCCGAGCCGCCACUUCUUUUAGCGACUGUAUGCGAAAGACCUGAUGGUGGAACACUUCGAAUUUGGCGUAUUCCUUUUCCACCUUCUGCCAAUUCCGGCAUCUUGCCCAAAUCUCUUCGCGCAAUCAGCAGAUUAAAAGGCCGCCCAGCUACUAAGCGGUCCGUUAAAAACGCGCGGCUCAUGCAUGCAGAUACGCAUCACUCAGUUUAUUCACAUCAGCAACAGAAAAGUAGGCCAGAUUACCGUUUACUUGACGAUCUUCCAUCAUCUGGUAGGACAUUUGAAGCAUCUGAAAGCUCGCUCAACCCCGACGCCUCUGUCCUUCAGGGCGCAGUCAUCUUGGAAGAGUCUGUUCCGCAUGCAGAAGCAUGGGCAUCCAAAGAACAGAUAAGAAUACCUGUUCAAGAAAGCCCAAAGGACUCUCUUAAUUCUCCUACAAUGAAUCGUAAAACGAUUGUUAAAUCCGUAUGUCAUUGUAUUUAUAUGAAUAUUAUAGUAAGCGAUCAUUAA